AUGGAAUUGGAGUGGUUAAUCCUUGUUGUGAUCGUCUUUGUUUCUCUAUACUACCUCUUUAGGUUGUUGAACUUCAAUCUUAUCCCCAGGGUUAACAAAAGUGAACAACUAGGGUUUCAGCUACCACCAGGAAGCACCGGUUGGCCGAUCAUCGGCGAAACCUUAGAGUAUCUAAGCACAGCCAAACAGGGUGUUCCUGAAAAGUUCAUAGCAGACAGGAGAAACAAGCACUCGUCAUCAGUACCAUGCAAGGUUUUCAAGACCUCUUUGCUACAGGAAUCUAUGGCCGUGCUGUGCACUGCUGCGGGGAACAAGUUUCUGUUUUCGAACGAGAACAAACUCGUCAAGUCUUGGUGGCCUGCAAACUUUGAGAAGAUCUUUGCCAACUCUGAGAAAACAGACACCACGCAGGAGUCGAUUCGGUUGCGCAAAGUCUUGUCUCCAUUUCUCAAGCCUGAUGCUCUCCACAGGUAUAUAGGGGCCAUGGACGAGGUCACCAAACAACAUCUGAACAUGUAUUGGUCAUGUUCAUCCUCGGUUGAUUAUGUAAAAGAAGAGGAUGAGAGUGUGAUCAUCAAAGUCCAUCCAUUAGCAAAGAAGUACACCUUCACUUUAGCAUGUAAACUCUUCCUGAACAUUGAGGAUCCAAAGCUAGUUGCCAAACUAGAGGAGCUGAUUCGGCAUAUAUCUUCGGGCUUCAUUUCGCUGCCGAUAAAUUUUCCAGGCACAAAAUUCAACCGAGCCAUUAGAGCAUCCAAGCAAAUCAAGAAGGAAAUCGAGGAGAUGGUUAAGCAGAGGAGGAUAGAUCUCCAUCCUCAUCUUUCGGACACUAGUAAUAGUAAUCAUCAUCAUCAUUAUCAUGAUCAAGAUCUGUUGUCUAGGUUGCUCGUGGAGACAUAUAGCGAUGGGAAAGAGCUGAUGACGGAAUCAGACAUUGCCAACAAAUUGUAUGGUCUAAUCGUCGGAGCUUACGACAAUAUAAGCACCACCUUGGUGUCCAUUAUCAUGUUCCUAUCGAAGCUCCCUCAUGUUUAUGAUGCCGUCCUUAAAGAGCAAAUGGAGAUUGCAGAAUCAAAAGCCGAAGGGGAGUUGCUGAACUGGGAGGAGUUGCAGAAGAUGAAAUAUUCAUGGAGCGUGGCGUGUGAGGCCUUGAGAUUGUUGCCACCAAUUCUGGGAACUUUCAGAGAGGCCAUUACAGAUUUUUCUUACGAAGGAUACAUAAUUCCAAAAGGAAUGAAGUUACACUGGAAUACGUAUGCGACACAUAAAAAUCCGGAAUACUUCCCGGAACCUGAGAAGUUCGACCCGUCAAGGUUCCAAAGACAAGGACCAGCUCCUUAUUCAUAUGUUCCUUUUGGAGGAGGACCUCGAAUGUGUCCAGGAAAGGAAUAUGCUCGAUUCAAGAUAUUGGUUUUCAUGCAUAAUGUUGUCACUAGAUUUAAAUGGGAGAUGGUUUUUCCAGACGAGAAGAUGAUUAUGGACCCUGUUCUUGUUCCCACCAAAGGACUUACUAUUCGUCUUUUUCCUCAUCCCUCAUUAUCCCCAUGA